CCCCGCAAAGGAGAGGGCAGCACGUGCGGCGUUUCCCAAGCCUGUCGGGCUGCGCCACGUUUGCUUACACACGGCUUUAUAAAGAGGAGGCGCAGAAGCUUUCUCUGCUCCUUCCCAGGGUUUGGUUCCGUCUCUCUCCCCCGCGUAGCCUUGGCUAUGGCUGGCCUGAAUGUCUCCAUUGCUUUUUUUUUCCUGGUGGUUGGGGUGUGCCAGGCGCUCAGGCGGCUUUCCAAGAGGCUUCUGUCUCCUGGAGCAUACGGCUGCCUUGCCAGAGAACUUGCUGGCUCGUUGCAGUUGUGCAUGAGCUGCCUUGAGCUGAGGAUGCUGUUGGAGAUCGGUCCGUGGGGCGGUGGCUUUGGCCCAGAUGUGGUCCUGACUCUGCUCUUCCUCCUCUUCGCGGUUCACGGCGCCUCUUUCGAUGGAGCAUCCGCCAACCCGACCGUCUCUCUCCAGGAGUUCCUGCUCCUCGAGUCCAACCUCGCAGCAACUGCUGCCAAGCUGCUGGCCCAGGGUGCGGGCACGGGGACGGGCUGGGCUGUCACCAAGCUCUACUGGUCCUGGGAGCUGACGCAUUUCCACCUCAUCCAGAACCUGAUAGCAUCAGAGUGCAGCUCCUCCAUCCACACGUCUCUGCACCACGGCGCCUUUGUGGAAGGCACCUGCUCUUUCCUUUUCCACCUUGUCCUUCUCAAGUCGCGCCAGAGUCACCUGAUGUACCGGGUCCCUGCCCUGGCAGUGACUGUUACCUUCCUGACCUACGCAGCCGGACCGUUCACGGGGGCCUUCUUCAACCCUGCCCUGGCCACGGUCACCACCUUCCACUGCUCGGGGAGCAGCUUUUGGGACUACGUCUGGGUUUACUGGCUGGGCCCCCUCGUAGGGAUGCUCGCUGCCCUCUUGCUGUACCAAGGCAACAUCCCACGACUCUUCCAGAAAAAUCUCCUUUACAGCCAGAAGAGCAAAUACAAGGUACCCAAGGCGAGGGUGGCGGCGCACGGAGACGGUGACGAGCCACGGCAGAAGAAGAAAAGGGAGAAGAGCAACUCCGAGCCUCGUGCCUGA